CAGCCGUUUAAAUUGCCGCUCGGCCCCUGCUCAUGCCGCUCACCAGCUCGAUCGAUCAAUCCAUUUCUUUCUUGCUAGCUCCAAAGAUCGUUCGAUCGAACACAGCUAGUGAAUCGAUCGAGGUGAACAAUGGGGUCUCAUCGUCUCCGGUGUCUCUCCUCCCCUGCAUGCCUCCUCUUCGCCUUCGCCGUCCUCCUCGCCAUCAUGCCGGGUCUCGCCGCCGCCCGCACCCGCCGCUACACGUUCAAUGUGACAAUGGCGACGGUGACGCGGCUAUGCGUGACCAAGAGCAUCCCCACGGUGAACGGCCGGUUCCCGGGGCCAAAGGUCGUCGUUCGGGAGGGCGACCGGCUCGUGGUCAAGGUCCAUAACAACAUCAACAACAACGUCACGUUCCACUGGCACGGCGUGCGGCAGCUGCGGAGCGGGUGGGCGGACGGGCCGUCGUACAUCACGCAGUGCCCGAUCCGGCCGGGGCAGAGCUACGCCUACGACUUCCGCGUCGUGGGGCAGCGCGGCACGCUGUGGUGGCACGCGCACUUCUCCUGGCUGCGCGCCACGCUCUACGGCGCGCUCGUCAUCCUCCCGCCGCGCGGCGUCGGCUACCCGUUCCCCAAGCCCUACAGGGAGGUGCCCCUCAUGAUCGGUGAGUGGUUCAACGCCGACCCGGAGGCCGUGAUCAGGCAGGCGAUGCAGACCGGCGGGGGACCGAACGUCUCCGACGCCUACACUUUCAACGGCCUGCCUGGCCCAACCUACAACUGCUCAGCCAACGACACGUUCAAGCUGAAGGUGAAGCCCGGGCGGACGUAUAUGCUGCGGCUGAUCAACGCGGCGCUCAACGACGAGCUCUUCUUCGCGGUGGCCAACCACACGCUCACGGUCGUGCAGGCGGACGCUAACUACGUCAAGCCGUUCGCGGCCACGACGCUGGUCAUCUCACCGGGGCAGACCAUGGACGUGCUCCUCACCGCGGCCACCAACCCGUCCUCCCCGGCCUUCGCCAUCGCCGUCGCGCCCUACACCAACACCGUGGGCACUUUCGACAACACCACCGCCAACGCCGUCCUCGAGUACGCGCCGCAGAGGGCUGCCGUACUCCGGGGCAUCCCCGCGCCGGCGCUCCCGCUGUACAAUGACACAGGCGCCGUGGCCAACUUCUCGGCCAACUUCCGGAGCCUCACGAGCGCGCAGUACCCGGAGCGCGUGCCGCAGUCGGUGGACCGCCGCUUCUUCUUCGCCGUCGGCCUCGGCGUUGACCCGUGCCAGAGCCGGGUCAACGGGACGUGCCAGGGCCCGAACGGCACCAGAUUCGCGGCGUCCAUGAACAACGUGUCCUUCACCAUGCCCAAGACCUCGCUACUCCAGGCGCACUACCAGCGGAGGUACAGCGGCGUGCUCAAGGCCAACUUCCCCACGGCGCCGCCGCGCCCGUUCAACUACACCGGCACGCCGCCGAACAACACGUUCGUGAGCCACGGCACACGGGUGGUUCCGCUCAAGUUCAACACGACCGUCGAGGUGGUGAUGCAGGACACCAGCAUACUGGGCGCCGAGAGUCACCCGCUGCACUUGCACGGCUACGACUUCUACGUCGUCGGGCAGGGGUUCGGGAACUACGACGCGAACAAUGACACCGCCAAGUACAACCUCGUCGACCCGGUGCAGCGGAACACCAUCAGCGUGCCCACCGCCGGUUGGGUCGCCAUCCGCUUCGUCGCCGACAACCCCGGUGUAUGGAUUAUGCAUUGCCACUUGGACGUGCACUUGAGCUGGGGUCUGGCAAUGGCGUGGCUCGUUAACGACGGGCCACUGCCGAACCAGAAGCUGCCGCCGCCGCCGUCCGAUAUCCCAAGAUGCUGAUACUCUGCCGCACGGAUCUGUGGCGGUUUUGGUCCGUGCAAUGCAUGCGUGCGUGCAUACAUGCAAGCUCGUUUUGUGGUGCCGCGGUGUCGAGGAACCCACUCGAUCAUUUUGCGAUGAUGUCUGAUUUUGUUGCCGCUCUGCCUCGGAGACAAAAACAAGGUCGAUCAUUCGGUGGUGAUGUUGUAUGAUUCUUUCUUGUUAUUAUUCUUUGAUUCCACUUUUAACGUUCAUGCUGGACAUUUGUUGUUAGUGUGUACAAUGUAUACAAAUAUACGAUAUAAUGUAUCAAUUGAAGACUGGACCAGGUAAUGAUUUUUUUUGUUUUAGCAUGCAGAGCAUGCCAUGCA